AGGUAAUUGAAACAAACCCUAAGCUCCUUUUAUCUCCGCUCUAAAGGUAGUCCCGAUUAUUGCUGACUUAAGCAUCGGAGUGUCUACCCCGAGUUCCAUCUCGGGGCUUUGCAAGUCAAUCCGAAGUGCAGACGCGGAUUGAAGAGGAACUUCUGGUCUGGUGCAAUUACAUUGGCGCUGUUUGUGGGAAACCAAACGGAAGGCUUCCUUGUUGCUCUUAUCAUGGUUAAUACUAGGUCAAUCCGAGCUGGAAACUCAUCUCAGCCUCUUGGACGAGGCCAGGUCCCUAGCAACCUCCCACCUCACCUCCCACCUCCAAUCCCGAAUACAUUCCCUCAUGUUGACCAUGCAGAAGGAGGAGAUGAAAACCAACCACACAAUUCAGCUCACAACUUAGCCUCUACUGCCAACCAAGACGUAGUUGCGGCUCAGCUCACUACCAUGCAACAACAGUUUGGUGUCUUUCAGCUAGUGUUGGCUCAGCUAUUAGCCCAGAACAAUCCUGGUGAUCCACUCAUCAACCUACUUAAUCCUGGUCCACAACCCCCAGCUCCACAACAAAACCCUGAACCAGUUCAGCGUGUUCCUGCUCUUAAUAGCCUGGAAAAGUUAGUAGUUGAGCAGAGGGGUGCCCCACCUCCACGUCAUGCCGCAAACUCCAUACCUCACCCAUUAAACACCAACAUCACAUUAGAACACUACCCUGCUGGCUUUAGAAUACCUCAACUUGAGACUUAUGAUCGGACGAAGGAUCCCAAUGAUCACCUGCAUGCUUUCUACUCUUGCAUGCAAGCCCAGAAUGCCUCUGAUGCGUUGAUGUGCAAAAUCUUUCCCUCUACUCUUCGAGGUAAUGCUCGAACCUGGUAUUACAGUUUACCUCCGAGGUCAAUCAGCUCUUACACAGAAAUGGCAUCUGCUUUCGCCACAAAGUUUUCUAAUAGAAGAUUCAAUGAUGCAGUACUGGAGGUUAGCUCUUUCGACCAGGCUAUGGGAAUUACAACUGUGAUCCCAAGUAUUAGCCAUGAGAGAUUCAGAGAUAGUUUGCUCAAACAUCCUACCACCACCAUCAGUAAGGUAAAUGAUAGAUCAUUGAAAUUCAUAACUACUGAAGAGUAUGCCUUGUCGCAGAAACCAGCCCCCUCGAAAAACCAAAACCCAAACUGGCGAGAUGAAAAUCUAAGCAAGAAAUGGAUGAGGAUAGCACAGAAUCGAGGUCCGAUGUCGACCUCCGCACUGAGAUUCGGAAGGCUGAACUCUACACCCCCACAACAGUCUGAAGAUAAGCCUCCAAUUAACUGGACUCCUUUUAAUUUGCCGAAGUCACAGAUUUUCAUGCAGAUCAAGAAUAAGAUGGAUUUAAGGCGUCCUAGCCCAAUGAGAACUACCACUACUAGCCGAGACCAUACCAGAUAUUGUGAUUUUCAUCAAGAUCACGGUCAUACAACAGAGCAAUGCAACAACUUGAGGUCCGAGCUGAAAAGUCUUGCCGAGAAGGGACUAUUGAAUGAGUACAUUCAGAGAACUGAACAACCAAGGUUUGUCAGAGAGCAAAGGCCACAGCCUCAAGGAGUCCGUAACCCACCAAACAAGCAAGGUGUGGGAUAUCAGCAAAUCCCACCUCCGCUCCCACCACCAGCUAGAAUCAUACACAUGAUCACAGAAGGCCUGGAAGUAGGUGGACUGAGCUCUAAACAGCGAAAGUUGUAUGUCAGAGAGGUUAAGCAUCAAAACCGAGCUAAGAAACGAAAGUUUGACGAUGCUAAGUGGAAGAAUCAACCCAUUACUUUCACAUCUACUGAUCUCGAUACAGUCGUCACACCUCACAAUAACCCUCUAGUCACUUUUGUCAUGAUUAACAGUUGUGAGGUGCAACGUGUCCUUGUUGACACAAGAAGUGCACCAAAUAUAAUGUACUUCCAUUGUUUUGAGAGUCUUGGGCUAGAUCCAGCUUUGUUGCAGAAGUAUGACGGUCCCAUCUACGAAUUCAACAACCAACCAGUUCCAGUUGAAGGAGUCCUAACCAUGAAUGUUGCAUUUGGAAAUAACAGAAAUUAUGUGACCCCUUCAGUCAGAUUUCUAUUCCCAACUCCUAUGGGAAUAGCAACACUGCAAGGCAACCAGGAGGUAGCUAGACAUUGCUAUAUCACCUCGGUAACACAACCUAGGAAAGGCAAAGAUCAAACACCUGAGGUCAUCCCCCAAAAAAUUCCUGAUAAUCAGCAAGUUAUGGACAUGCUAGGCAUUCCACCCUCGAUAUCCCAACAUAAGCUCAGCACCAAUCUGUUGAAGAAACCAGUGGCCCAAAAGCGACGUCUCCUUAGGGGGGAGAGGCUUCAGGCUAUAAAAGAAGAGGUAGAGAAACUUUUACAACCUGGUUUCGUCAAAAAAGUUGAGUACUGCGAAUGGGUGGCUAACCCAGUCCUAGUGAAGAAGGCAAACGCGGCUUUAGGCAACGAGAGAUUAAGUCUCUUGGAUGCAUAUUCCGGGUAUCACCAGGUGCCGAUGGCUCCAGAAGACGAAGAGAAAACCUCGUUCUAUGCUGGCGAUGAAAUCUAUUGCUAUGUCAUGAUGCCGUUUGGCUUAAAGAACGCAUGUGCUACUUAUCAGAAAAUGGUGACCAUCGUCUUUCGAGUUCAGAUCGGCAGGAAUCAGGAGGUGUAUGUCGAUGACAUCGUGGUAAAGAGCCUGAAGGCAGAAGACCAUCUAGCUGAUCUCGACGAAACUUUCAACAACCUCAGAAAGAACCGGAUGCGGUUAAACCCAGCCAAAUGCAUCUUCGGCAUGGAGUCUGGAAAGUUUUUAGGUUUCAUGGUGUCUCGAAAAGGGAUUGAGACCUUAUAUGUUGACGGGGCAUCUAGUAGCAAGGGUUCAGGAGUUGGCACUCUCUUGAUUGGUCUAGAUGGAUAUCGAAGCAAACAUGCCCUGAAAUUCAACUUUGAUGCAACAAACAACAUGGCUGAGUAUGAAGAUCUGCUACUUGGCCUACAACUAGCAUUGGAGUUGAAAAUCAGUGCGAUUCAAGUAUACAGUGACUCCCAGCUGGUGGUGAACCAAAUCAACUCAAUCUGCGAAGUCGUUGAUCCUGUGAUGGUAGAUUCACUCUCUAAAUUUGCCUCUAAUAGCUCUUUAAGUUCCAGAUCAGUUUUUGUGGGGGUCUUAGACGAACCAAGCUUCAUGAAGUCACGGAUAAUGGAGAUUAGCACAGACCCUGACACGCAAAGUUGGACUAACUCAAUUAUCUCCUUUUUGCGAGAUGGGAUAGUACCUGAGGACAGGCAGGAGGCAAUGAAGUUGAGGAAGAAAGCAUCUCGGUAUACACUCGUUGAUGGGGUCCUCUAUAAGAGAUCUUUCUCACUCCCUCUUCUACGAUGUUUAAACCCCUAUGAAGCUGAGUAUGCACUUUGGGAGGUGCAUGAAGGUGUCUGCGGGAGCCACGUUGGUCCUAGAACUCUGGCUCAUAAAGUCUUAAGGCAGGGAUAUUCCUGGCCAAACAUGUACAAAGAUGCCACUCGCUUUGUUCAGAAAUGUCCGAAAUGUCAAUUCUUUGCACAUCUGACUCACCAACCAGCAAAAGAGCUCACGAACUUGGUAGCACCGUGGCCAUUUGCUCAAUGGGGACUGGAUCUUUUAGGCCCGUUUGUGAAAGGGGUUGGUGGUGUAACCCAUCUGAUUGUUGGUGUGGAUUAUUUCACAAAGUGGGUUGAAGCUCGGCCGUUAUCUAAUCUUACCUCCAAGAAGGUCGAAGACUUUGUUUUCAACUCGAUCAUCUGCAGAUAUGGGAUCCCGAAUCAGAUUGUGGAUGAUAAUGGAACUCAGUUCAAUUGCUCCUCAUUCCAAGAUUUCUGUUUCAGCUAUGGGAUCAAAUUGCAAUUCACCUCCAUUUACCAUCCGGAGUCCAAUGGCAUGGUUGAAUAUGUUAACAAAUGCAUUUUAGAAGGUAUAAAGCCGAGGUUGGAACAACAUAAGGCCAAAUGGGCAGAUGAGCUCAACAACGUCCUCUGGGCAUACAGAACCACGAGCCGAACUGCCACAGUCAGAGAAGAAGCACGGCUUCGAACUCUUGUAUACAAGCAGAAACUAGCCAACUUCUACAAUAAACGAGUCUGCCCUCGAACAUUCAAAGUAGGAGACCUUGUUCUCAGAAAAGCUGGCCUAACAGGAUUUGAAACUCAUUUUGGCAAACUCGCCCCGAAUUGGGAAGGCCCUUAUACCGUGGCAGAGGUGCCACAUCAUGGUGCCUAUGUCCUCCAAGACGCUGAAGGAAAGAGAGUUCCUAAAGUCUGGAAUGUCAAUAACUUAAAGAAAUUUUACCCCUAAUACAAUUCUUUCAAGUGACCUAUGUCUUACUGUUCUUUACACUUCUUACUUCAUAGUUGUUGAGAUUCAUUUUACCUCUUAUUCUAUAUAUCUGAGAUCAAUCAGUUCAUUAAUUCCUUGAACCUCACUUCUGUUAAUAAAUGUCACUUCACAUA